AUGUUGUUCAUUCUGGUGUGCAUACAUUUUGGUCUUGAGUAUGCAGCAGGAUGCAUACCGACUCAACAAGUUGAAGUAUGCCCGGCAUGUCCAGAUAUUUAUUCUCCGAACUGUCUCGGACUUGGCACAUGCCCAGCAUCUGAAGAUGUACCACUUGUAUACAUGCUAGGACGAGUUGAAGCAUUGAACUACGGUGACGGAACAACUUGCUCAACGACUUACACCUGUCCGUCUGGAACAACAUCACAUAUCUACGAUGUGCACUCUUCUGGAGAAUUUGAAUAUCCUGGACAAGUGAUCUUGACUUGUUCCGCAACAGGGGCUGACGCCGGAAAAUGGUUCUUAGCAUUGGAUCCGACGUCAAUCAUGGCCAUUGAAACAUCUGGAGUCGCAUGCCCCUAUAUUUAA